AUCCAUUUGAUCGUUUGCCAUGCAUUCGGGCGCCAUUCACACGUCGUUAUUUUUCUCAUUCUCAGUUUAAUUGCGGAAAUAGUGCAAUUUAAGAAAAUCUUUGCUCAUUUUGUAUUCAAAUUUUGCGUUAUUUUCCUUCAUUUCAAGAGACAUUCAUUGAAUAGGCUGAAUAAAAAUGGUGAUUGUUUACUGCGAUUUUAUUGCGGGUUGUAUUGGUGGUGCUUGUGGAACCUUGAUGGGCCAUCCUUUGGAUACGAUAAAAACAUGGCAACAGUUUGGAAAUCGACGCAUCCGCAAAUCAGUCUAUGACAUUAUCAUACAAAACAAUGGAUUGAAUGGUUUUUUCCGUGGAAUGGCCUUCCCAAUGCUGUCCAGUGGCAUUUUGAAUUCCAUUUUGUUUGGCGUUUAUGGCAAUGAACUUCGUCGCUUGCAGAAUAUCUGCACCACAAACGAUGAACGCCGCGAUGAAUGGGCACAGAAUGUAUUUUUAGCUGGCUCGACCGCAGGUCUCAUUCAUGCAUUUUUCGCUUGUCCCAUUGAAUUAGUGAAAAUCCGGUUACAAACACAAAAUCAUUACAAUUUCUAUCGGCGCUAUGAAAAACAAGGUCCGAUUGAGUGCAUCAAAAAUGUGUAUCGUAACGCAGGUUUGAUUGGAUUCUACCGUGGAUGGACGCCAAUGAUUUGCCGGGAUGUUUUCCCAUACGGAAUUUAUAUGUUGGUUUAUGAAUACGCUACAAAAGCACUUGCUUGCUCAGAAUGGGUCAUAGAAAAAAGGAAGCAAUUGAAGAAUCUUCAGAAGGGUGAUAAAAAGUACACAUAUAUCGACAUUUCAAUUCCUAUUUUAUCCGGAGCCUUUGCUGGUUUCAUGUCGUGGAUUCUGGUGAUUCCAUUCGAUGUGAUAAAAACUAUUGUACAGGCUGAAACUAAUCCAUAUAAAAAUGGUGGUAUGGCUCAAAUAUUCAAAGCAAAGACUCUUAAAUAUGGUUGGAAAGUGUUUUUCCGUGGCAGUUGGAUAAUUUUGGUUCGAUCACUACCCACAAAUGCAGCCACAUUUCUAGGAUACUCGUUUGCCUUAGAGCAAUUCCAAGUGAUAUGCAACGUAAAACCGCUUGACAAUUGAAUUGUGAUAAUUUGUGUAUAAAAUUAACUAUUUUGCUUCAGGGAAUAAAUAAAAUGUAUUUCAAGCAGGAAAUAAAUUCGUUUAAAAUAAAGUUGAAUUGAUGGAAAAUUUUAGUUACU